AUGACCCACUUGCUAUCGACUUCAAACACAAAAGCCACAGUCAACAACAACAAUCACAACAACACCUCUAACAAUACCCUCCCCACCAACUUGGCCGCAACCAAUGCAAGCACCAAUGUCAAGGACAGUAUUCUCUCCAUGGAGAAAACAGAUGUCGACCAGAAUGACCUUGACCAAUUGAUGAUCAGCGAGGGUGCAAAGUUGCCUCCACCUCUAGAAUCAAAGACAGCCAAGACCACCGACACCGCCAAUAUUCUUGUCAAUGUCCCUCCUCUUCCAACACGAGGCCGAAUUCUGUUGCCGGCCAUCAUCAUCCCAUUCUCUAUCAUGGGACUUUUAAUCCGCCUGGGUCUUGUCUCGAUUGAAACCUUUGCCGGACAACAGGUCUUUGCUCUGGCAUGGCCUCAGUUAAUCGGGUGUCUGCUCAUGGGAUUGUUUGUGUCAACCAGGAAAUGGAUCGAUGGCGGCUUUGUUCUACCGGACAGCACUUCAAAAGGCCAUUGGAUAGGAGCGUUUGUCUACGUUGGACUCUCUUCAGGACUGUGUGGUUCAAUCACGACGUUUUCUUCGUGGAACCUGGCACUCUUUAACGAGCUCAUCAACGCCGCAAAAGUCGCCCGGCACCCGCUUCAGAAUAUUCUAUCUGCGCUUACUGAGCUCGUUGUCACACUGGCAUUAUCUAUUUCAGGACUGCAGCUUGGAUCUCAUCUUGGCGAAGCUCUUCUGCAGCUGGCAACAAACUGGCGACUUGCCUCUCGUAGGCGUUCUCAUGCAUCAUUACCAAUGACGGCAUCUCGCUCAUCGAUGGUUCUUGAGACAGCACCAGCAUUGACGCCACCGUCGCCUCCAGUCCCACCAAAUCGCUGGACGAUUCUAGAUAUCGUGAUUGUGUCAGCAUCUAGCAUACUAUGGACUGCCUACUAA